AUGGCUCAUGUAGUAGCUACCUUCCUUUUUUUCUAUGCAAAUACACAUGAACAGAGGCAUAUCUUUGAUAGUAUCAUUAAUGCUGUCAAUAGAGGCGCUGGUGGAAUGUUUUUCCUAUAUGGGUAUGGAGGUACUGGGAAGACCUUUAUGUGGAAGACAUUAGCUUCUACAUUACGUUCAAAAGGUGAUAUUAUGUUAACUAUUGCGUCAAGUUGGAUAACAUCAUUGUUAUUACCAUAUGACAAAACUGCACAUUCAAAAUUUUCUAUUCCUGUGCCUACAUUACAAAACUCAAUGUCUAAUAUCCACCAAGGUACAGAACAGGCUGAACUAUUAAAGGCAACCAAAUUGAUUAUAUGGGAUGAGGCUCCUAUGGCUCAUAGGUAUUGUUUUGAGGCAUUAGAUAAGACAUUGAGUGACAUCAUGUGUAUGUCUAAUUCUGACAAUGUUCCAUUUGGUGGAAAAGUUGUAGUAUUUGGAGGUGAUUUCAGGCAAAUUCUUCCUGACAUUCCUAGAGGAAGUAGAUCAGAUAUAGUGCAUGCUACUAUAAAUGCCUCAUACCUGUGGGACUACUGUACUGUCUUGAAGCUGACAAAAAAUAUGUGUUUGCAGUCGAACCUCACAUUGACAAAUUCACAAGAAAUCAAGAGCUUUUCCCAGUGGCUGAUAGAUGUUGGUGAUGGGAAACUAGGCAAAAGUGAUGAUGGCUGUUAUGAGAUAAAAAUUCCACCUGAUCUUUUAAUAACAAGCUUCACCGAUCCUAUUGAAGCAAUUGUAAACCAUACCUACCCAGAUAUCCAGAAGAAGUAUAAAGAUGAGGAAUUUCUCAAAUCCAGAUCUAUACUUGCUACAAAAAAUGAGGUUGUAGACCAAAUCAAUGACUAUGUAUUAAACAUUAUCCGAGGGGAAGAAAAGGGGUAUUUCAGCUAUGACUCAAUUGACAUGACAAAUGCUGCAGCAACUAAAGCUUUUGAAGCAAUUACACUAGAGUUUCUACAUUCAUUAAAGACAUCAUGA